GCAGCCCCGAUAGUGAAUUUGACUCCAGUAGCCCCCAUCUGCACUUCCUCAUUUCCCCCCAGCGUCUCUGUCGUGAAGGGCCCCAAAGGGAGCAGUGGGUGGAACGGCCCCUCCCCCACAGAUUUGUCCCCCAGUUAGGCCUAGCUUCCAACACUCAGUUUUGGUUCACUGAUUUCCGGCCCCAUGCCCCUCUCGUUUCCCAGACAUGAGCUUGUCACAGGACCUUGAGGGACACCAGGAGUUCCUUUUGUUGAAGCUAAUUCCAUCUCUGUCUCCCUUUCCCACCAACUGCUGUUAGUGUAGGUUGCUGUGAUGGCACAGGGAUUUUCCCUCACUCUUUACAGUUCCGCUCACAAGGAGGGUAAAUGUCUGGACCCAACUCUCACACCACUGCCCUUCCUUUGCCUGCAGGGGAGCCGAUGGGGAGGGAGAACAACACCUCAGUGACCGAAUUCAUCCUCCUCGGUUUCUCCAGCAACCCAGCGGAGGAGCUCGUCCUCUUUGGGGUCUUCACAGCCAUCUACCUGGUGGCCCUGCUGGGCAAUGUGCUCAUCUUACUGCUGGUCAGCCUGGACUCCCGGCUCCACUCGCCCAUGUACUUCUUCCUGGGAAACCUCUCCGUGGUGGACAUCGGCUACACCAGCUCCACCGUGCCCAAGAUGCUGGCCAAUUACCUGUCGCGGGACAAGUCCAUCUCAUGGGCCAGUUGCCUCUCCCAGAUGUUCUUCUUCAUCUCCUUUGGGGGGAUCGAAUGCCUGAUACUGGGGGUCAUGGCCUAUGACCGCUACGUGGCCAUCUGUCACCCGCUACACUACGGCAUGUUCAUGAGCCGGCGGAUGUGUGCCCUGCUGGCUGCAGCCGCCUGGGCCAUGGGCUUGACCAACUCGGCUGUGCAUUCAUCCCUGAUGUCCAUCCUGUCCUUCUGCCGGGGCAAUGUCCUCCAUCACUUCUUCUGCGACAUCCCCCCGCUCUUCCAGCUCUCCUGUUCUGACACUCGGACCAACCAGGCUGUCACCAUUGUUGUGGGAGGUGCUAUCGUCUUCAGCUCCUUGCUGGGGACCCUGGUGUCCUAUGUGUACAUCGCACUGGCCAUCCUCAGGAUCCGCACGAGGGAAGGGCGCCUCAAGGCCUUCUCCACCUGCGCCUCCCACCUGACCGUGGUCAGCCUCUACUUUGGCACCAUCCUCUUCACCUACCUCCGUCCCAACUCCACCUACUCGCAGGAGCAGGACCGGGCACUGCCUGUGCUCUAUGGCAUCAUCAUCCCCAUGCUCAACCCCAUCAUCUACAGCCUGAGGAACAAAGAUGUGAAAGGGGCGCUCCAAAAAGCCCUGGCUAGGAGCUAGGCAGGUAUUGUCUUCUAAUGGACAGUGCACAGGUUUGGGAGUCUGGACUCCUGGGUUCCAUCCCCAGCUGUGGGAGAGGAGUGGCAUCGAGUGGGUAGCAUUUGCAAUGGGUACUGGGAAUCAGGAAUUCUGGGUUCCAUGCCCAGUUGAGGGAAGGACUCUGGGUGUGCGUACACUAGGGAUUGUGAUUGUAUCUGGCAAAGUUGAAAGUUUUUUCUUUUGUCUGAACAUUUUUCAGUUUUCGGCAGUAUUAGGUGUAACACUUUUGGAUUUGGGAGAAAAUAGUUUGGUUUAUCUUUUCUGAAAACCUCCAAAAAUAAAAAUAAGUCGAUUUUCAAUGUUUUGACAAAAAGUCAACAGUUUCUGAGGAGUUGUUUUCCCAUUGGAAGGAGGAACGGAUAACUCACAUUAAUGACAUACACUCCUUCUUGUUCCUGUAUCAGCUGCUGUAAUUUAUACGUGGGGAAACCUCAAUCCAAGAUAUUCGCAAAGGAGUUUAUGGAUGUCAUCUCAUGUUGUACAACUACUUUGCUAACCUCAGACCUGGUUGAAAAUGCCAUUGUUUCCAUAGGAAAUAAAGAAAAUAGAAUGAAAAAGAGGUUUGUUCUGUAAAAAACAAUACGCCACACAAAUCUUUUAUUUGUUAGGUUGGUUGCUUAAUUGUUUUUUUCAACAACAACAAAAACCCUUGUCCCACAUAAAUUGUUUUUCAAAAACAGUUUUUUGUAGAGAUC